AUGCAGAUCGAAACCUUCGAACUCGAACGCCUACAGUCCGUGUGGGAGAACCGGGUCGAGUACAACCUGACCGAGAGUGGCAUCCACCCUUUCACCCUGCGCGAGCUGCUGAGCGCCGGGGAAAUCGACGAACUGCUCGACGUGCGGUUGGGCUAUGGCUGGACCAACGGCGAGCCCGAUCUGCGGCGGGCGGUGGCGGCGCUUUAUCCAGGAGUCGACGAGGACGAGGUGUUGAUCACCUGCGGUUCAGCGGAGGCCAACUUUCUGGCCAUGUGGACGCUGCUCGAGCCCGGCGACGAAAUCGUCGUCAUGGUGCCGAACUACCUGCAGAUCUGGGGAUUGGCGCGUUCGUUGGGGGUCACGGUGCGCCCCUUCCAUCUGCACCAAGAUCGCGGCUGGGCGCCGGAUUUAGACGAAGUUCGCGGGCUGAUGUCCGAGAAGACUCGCGCGCUGGUGAUCUGUAAUCCCAACAAUCCCACCGGCGCCGUGCUCAGCCGAGCCAACAUGCAGGCACUGGUCGAAAUCGCCGACGAAUGGGACGCCACCCUGUACGCCGACGAGGUCUACCGCGGGGUCGAGCUCGACGGUGACGAGCGGCCGAGCUUUCGCGACUUGAGCCCGCGGGCGGUGGUGGCGGCGGGACUGUCGAAGGCCCUCGCCCAUCCUGGCCUGCGAAUCGGCUGGCUGGUCGGCCCGCGGGGGCUGAUCGACGCCGCCUGGCACCGCAACGACUACACCACCAUCACCACCAGCGUGCUCAGCGAGCAGGUCGCUACUCUGAUCCUGGCGCCGCAACGCCGCCGGCAGAUCCUAGAGCGCAAUCGCGCCAUGCUGCGCGACAACCUACGGUUGCUGGAGGAUUGGUUGGCCGAGCGCCCGGCGUUGUUCGACUUCGUACCGCCCCAGGCCGGCGGCAUGGCCUUUCUGCGCUACCAUCAUCCGAUCAACUCGACCGAGUUCGCCACCAGGAUGCGCGAUCAUAAGAGCCUGCUGGUGCUGCCCGGCGAUGUCUACGGCAUGGACCAUCACUUACGCCUCGGUAUCGGCGAACGGGCCGACUACUUGGCCCGCGGCCUGGAGUUGCUCGGCGCUGGCUUUGACGAGCUGCGUGCUUGA